ACGGAACGGAGCCUUAAUUUAUAUCUAAAUUCCUUUUAAUUAAAAAAGUUAGGAACGCAGAAGAGGACAGAGAAGCCGAUCGAAGACCUUGGACAAGAAGCGACGCCGGAAAGCAAUUUCUCCCACCACGACGAUCGGAGACCGGCGACCACAACCAUGUCGUUUGAAGACUUAUAAACAGGUCGAAUUGGCAUAUUCCCCAAAGAUGUGUAGAUCACUUUGCUCAAAUGCUAGCAGAAGUUUCGCCUACGAAGGAUAAAAUACCCAAAAAUUAUUAUGAAGCAUUAAGUUUAGAUCCCUGGUAUUCAACAUCAUCUUAAUAACCUGUUUAGAUCCAUGCUUUAUGUUUGUUUUAAAUUUGUGGUUUAAAAAAAGCGAACCCUAGGGGUUUCAAUCGUCUAGACAGAGCUGCUGCAUCUUCGCCGGAAACCAGAGGCCCCUUUUCCUUUUCCGAUCUUUCUCGGCGCUGUGUUCAUUUUCCAGGGACCUGCCAGGAUUGAAGAGAAGCUGGAAAAGGAACGGAGCGAGCUUUGAGAUCUCGUAAUAUCUUUGGACGAACACCAUCAAACAUUUUCUCGUUACAUUUCCAAACAAAAGGAUGCCACACCCAUAGUUAUUUAAGGCGCGAUGCGCAUCAAUCACAAAGGGGCGGAGUAUAUAGAUGUACUUAGGUCCGAGAGAAUUUAGUUGCAUAGCAGAAAGUCCAGAACUUCGUUACAGAAGUAUCUUUGGCUUUUCGGAUGGCUGCUGAUCCCUCACACCAUGGAUUGCAUGAUACGGGAAGUCAAGAAACAAUAGAGGAAGGUGGUGGCAGUUGGUAUUUCUCCAGGAGAGAGAUUGAAGAAAAUUCUCCUUCUAGACAAGAUGGCAUUGAUUUGAAGAAGGAAACUUACUUGCGGAAAUCAUAUUGCACUUUCUUACAAGAUUUGGGCAUGCGACUUAAAGUGCCUCAAGUGACCAUUGCUACUGCAAUUAUAUUUUGUCACCGUUUCUUUCUUCGUCAAUCUCAUGCCAGAAAUGAUAGGAGGAAUAUUGCAACUGUAUGUAUGUUCCUUGCUGGAAAAGUUGAAGAAACACCUCGACCCUUGAAAGAUGUUAUACUUGUCUCGUAUGAGAUCAUUCAUAAGAAGGACCCGGCAGCAAUACAAAGGAUUAAGCAAAGGGAAGUCUAUGAACAACAAAAGGAACUGAUUUUGAUGGGGGAGAGGGUAGUUCUCGCAACACUUGGUUUUGACCUUAAUGUGCAUCAUCCAUAUAAACCCCUUGUUGAGGCUAUUAAAAAAUUCAAGGUUGCCCAAAAUGCACUUGCUCAAGUUGCUUGGAAUUUUGUUAAUGAUGGGCUUCGGACAUCUUUAUGCUUGCAAUUUAAGCCCCAUCACAUUGCAGCAGGUGCCAUUUUUCUUGCUGCCAAGUUUCUCAAAGUUAAGCUUCCACAUGACGGUGAGAAGGUUUGGUGGCAGGAGUUUGAUGUCACCCCACGUCAAUUGGAGGAGGUAAGCAACCAAAUGCUUGAACUAUAUGAACAGAACAAAGCACCACCUUCUCAUGCCAAUGAAGCAGAAGAAAGCCCUGCUGUUGCGGGUACUCAGAGACCAUCGAGUGUUUCCUGUGCAGAUGAAGACCACAUUCUGAACAACAAUUCUCAUGGUGGCGGUGCUGCCACAUCAUCAAAGUCAGGGAUCUCCAAAGCCUCCUCCUCUCAAAAGCCAAUCCCCGAUCAUUCGCAUGCCGAUAAUCAUGAUAGGGGCAGUCAAAACCGCAGCAAUGACUACGCAAGUUCUGAAAAGAGCAUUUCAGACCGAUUCAGUGAUGCCGGUGAGAUCAGCGAUAAGCAGAACCGUGAAAGAGGGCCGCCGUUGCCUCGCCAUGGGAAUGGGGAAGAUGAGCUAGCCGAAGGAAAUGGUGGGAGAAUAGAACAAAUGAAGGACAAGCUGCACGUCGGUCGGGCCCUGGAACCCCACCACAAGGAAGGGGCUGCAGUUGGCCGGUCUCCACAAGAGGUCAUCAAGAAGAUAGACAAAGACAAAGUCAAAGCAGCACUCGAGAGAAGCAGGAAGUCCCGUGGGGACGCUGCUAGGAAGGUCGAUGUUCUGGACGAUGAUGACCUCAUCGAAAGAGAAUUGGAGGACGGGAUAGAGAUAGCCGCCUCGGAUGAUGGUGAGAAGGGGAAAUGGGAAAGAAGGCAAAGCUGGUCCAAGUCUUCAAACGGCGCAGAGCACGACCAAGGAGUGGUGACCAAAGGUGGGGAGGCGGCGCCCAAUAAUGUGGAAGAAGGGGAAUUGGGACCUUUUGGUGAUGCUGCGGACAAGGGGGCCCACCAUUCGCCCAAGUCGGUUAACCGUAAGCGGAAGGCAAGUACCCCUCCAGCAGAGGGAAAGCAUCGUCACGAAUACCCAGCAACCCACAACCACUCACACCAUGACUUACCGGAGGACAGAAGUAGGAGCGGCAAACUUGUGGGGCAUUCGGAAAGGGACAACAAAAGGCACCCACAGGAGAAUCACACGUAAAAUGUUGUCGUCUUCGUAGGUUAGUACAGAGGGAGCAUCCUAGAAAAGGUCGGUCGGUCGGUGGGCCCGUCAAAAGCAGCAACAUUCUACUGAAGUGGUUUGUGUUUUUUUUUGGGGGUGAAAACACUGUCCUGGUAAACCUCAUCACAUCAAAUUCUGAACUGGUCUACUAUUAUUAUAAGGUUUGAUGAGAAAUUCUUGUGACUCUUGGGGUGGGUGCUGUGCAUUAUUAUUGUCUCCCUGAUUUCACAUGCUACAACAGCUUAAAAUCCUCAUUUGGUUGUCACACACAAAAUCUAUAUAUCCAUAGAAUGGUCUUUUUUUUAAAGGUGUAAAAUUAUUGUUUUUCUUGGGAUUUGGGAACUAAUCCAUCCUUUCCCCCACACCCAUUGCCUUUUAGUCACUGCUCUUCAUACGUGUUGGGAAUUCUAUGGAUCUGUUGUAUUUUAUUGAUGAGGCUUAGAAUAACAUUUUGGAUCCUUU